CGGGACGUCGGACUCGCGGAGCGGACUCUCUGUGUCACGUGAGACGAAAGCGAGAUUCAAAGAUGGGUGAUAUUGAGAAGGGCAAGAAGAUUUUUGUCCAGAAGUGCGCUCAGUGCCAUACCGUGGAGAAGGGAGGCAAGCACAAGACGGGGCCCAAUCUCCAUGGUCUGUUUGGGCGGAAGACGGGGCAGGCCGCUGGAUUCUCUUACACCGAUGCCAACAAGAACAAAGGCAUCACCUGGAAUGAGGACACGCUGAUGGAGUAUUUGGAGAAUCCCAAGAAGUACAUCCCUGGAACGAAAAUGAUCUUCGCUGGCAUUAAGAAGAAGACCGAGCGGGCAGAGUUGAUAGCUUAUCUCAAAAAAGCUACUAAUGAGUAAUAGUUGGCACCGCCUUAUUUAUUACAAAACAAAUGUCUCAUGACUUUUUUAUGUGUACCAUAUUUAAAUCCAUCUCGUUCACCAGAAUUCAGAUCAUGAGUGACCGAUAGCGUAUUUUUGUUGGGCAGCCCUGAUUUAAAUAAGAUUGGCUUGUGUUUUAAAUGAGUAUGAUCAGUUUUUUUGAAUUAAUGAUAAUUCCAGGUCAGCAAGUGCAAUCACUGUCCCUUUCCAAAGAUAUGAUUGAACUUAAUUCGUCACAUUCACCUUUCCAAGGGAUGGAGAUGGCCAUCUCAAACCUGUGGGAGAAUAGUUUUCUAUUCAGAUUUAUAGAACCGGCUAUAUUAAUAUAUCUAAAGAUUGAGGAUAUCACUGUCUCCUUAGGUUGUUUCUUAGCCUGAUGAGAUUAGUUGGCAGUGACCUUAUAUCUUUUUCUUAAUUGUGGUAAUUAAAAAUUCCCUGUAUCUAAAAAUGUUGCCUUUCACUUACUGAAAAGUAUUUUAAUGUGAUGUAUGUAUAACAUUGAAUAAAAAAUACCACUUCUCACAA